CCUCGCUGACAGGCAUUUCUCUCUCUCUCUCUAGAUCGGGCUGCCUCGGUCCCAUCGAUCAAUACCAGAUUUGCCAGCACGUCUCUAAAACCACAUAAAUAAGCAAACUCGCACUCAAAACAGAACAUACGAACUGGGUUUUGGAAGGGGAGACUUGAGAAACAGAGAGAUGCUGAAGGUCUCCUGCAAUGUGAGUAAUGGCCAGAUUCACGCCCUAGCCCAAUGCGCUUUUCUGGGUCGUUGUACUUCCACUAUCCGGAAUAAAGACGCCAUUUGGUGCCGGCCACUUCGUAAACCUCCGGUUCUGGUCCGGGCUGUCUUGUCGGAGCGGGGUGGAGCAGGAAGCUCCAGCGGGGUCUUGGGGUCGGACAGGGUGGUCGGAUCCGGGUCCGGGAGCCUGGCGGACCGGUUGAGGCUGGGAAGCUUGACGGAGGACGGGUUGUCUUAUAAGGAGAGGUUCAUAGUGAGGUGCUAUGAGGUUGGGAUUAACAAAACCGCGACAGUUGAAACCAUUGCCAAUCUCUUGCAGGAAGUUGGAUGCAACCAUGCUCAAAGUGUAGGAUUUUCCACAGAUGGUUUUGCGACGACCCCCACCAUGAGGAAGAUGCAUCUCAUAUGGGUGACUGCUCGCAUGCACAUUGAAAUCUACAGAUACCCAGCUUGGAGUGAUGUAGUUGAAAUUGAAACUUGGUGCCAAGGGGAUGGAAGAAUUGGAACUAGACGUGAUUGGAUAAUCAAGGACUAUGCUACUGAUCAAGUAAUUGGAAGAGCAACAAGCAAGUGGGUUAUGAUGAACCAAGAAACCAGACGACUUCAGAAAGUUAGCGAUGAUGUCCGGGAAGAGUAUUUAGUUUAUUGCCCACGUGAACUCAGACUAGCAAUUCCAGAGGAGAAUAGUAGUAGCUUGAAAAAAAUACCAAAACUGGAAGAUCCUGCUCAGAAUUCUAAAGUGGGACUUGUGGUAAGAUCAUCUGGUUCAUCUAAAUCCUUUAAUCAGUUUUUUGAGUAUGUUUUUGAUCCUUUUCAGCCCAGACGAGCUGAUCUGGACAUGAACCAGCAUGUUAAUAAUGUCACCUACAUUGGAUGGGUUCUAGAGAGCAUGCCACAAGAAGUCAUUGAUAGCCAUGAACUGCAAACCAUUACCCUAGAUUACAGACGGGAGUGCCAACAUGAUGACAUAGUUGAUUCACUUACCACUGUGGAACCAGUUGAGGAUGUUACAGCAGUUUCUGAGCUUCAAGGAAAUAAUGGGUCUGCUGAUGUAAAGGAAUACAAAGAAGAUUUGCCUCGGUUUUUACAUUUAUUGAGACUGUCAGGUGAUGGGCUUGAAAUAAACCGAGGACGCACUGUGUGGAGAAAGAAACCUGCCAGAUGAUUUAAUUUGGUCGGCUCCACCUUUUCUAGAUCUCAAA